GGGGCUGAAAACAUUCACUCAAUUGUACAUUAGCGCCAGUGCUGCUACCAUACAAACACGCAAGGCAACUAAAUAAAGAGAGCCGUCAGUGUGUGUUUGUUUUUUUCCUCUCCAUGUUGGUCACAGGCUGAAGAGAGAGAGAGAUACAGAAAGAGAGACAGAGAGAGAGAGUGAGGGGGAAACUGAAAUUCUCUCAGGUGAUCCAACAUUCAUGAAAUAAUCUUGGCUUUACCCGCGUUCAGAGUUUCACCACUUCCCCACCCCCCUGUGGGACUUCAGGUGCUUAACCUCCCUCCUGUCAGUUCUGCAUGGUCAUGACCUGUCAUCACGUCCCUUCCACAGCCCACCUCAUCCUAUUGGCCCUGCUCACUGUCACUCCGCAGCUGGCUGGCACCGCCCCUGUGCGGGUUGAGGGAGGGGAGGGAGGGGUAGAGGGGCGCACCCGGACAGACCUAAAAGAGGACAACCUAGCCCCCUUUCUCUCGCCCCCACCCCAGAGUCUUCUCAGCCCCAACUACAACACAUCGGUAGACCGGGGCCUGGGUGGAGACGACCAGUUGGAGAGAGCAGUGGACCCUGCACAGGUGCUUGCUGUUCUUUUGGAGGCCUUGGACCACCCGGGGGAGGGUGAAAUCAGAGACUGGGGAGAGGAUCAGAGUCAGGAGCUACCCUCUGAUGAAGGCUUGGAGGCUGGUGAGAUAAGGAGAACAGGGGAGACAGAGGGAGAGAAGGGGGAGGAGGUGGAGGAGAGGGUGGGGCGAGUGGCUGAUAAGGCUAUUGAACAGCUAAUUGUAGGCCAUCUUACAGCUGCUCAGGGUGAUAACUUAAAAGAAAGAGAUGAGGAGGAUAAGAACUCAAGGUCAGAGGAGGAUCAGGGGUGGUCUGUGGAGGAAGUAGGAUCUGAUAAUGCAAGUGAGGAGGAAGAGAAAGAGGAAGAUGAGGGGCAGGAGGAGGGAAAUGAUUUAGAAAGUUUCCUUCACAAAGCUAGCCCCAGCUCUGCCUCCCAGGGAGAGGAUCCGGCUCUGCAGCGAAAAAUAAGAGGCUACUUCCAAAACAUUGACUUGGGCCUCCAAGACAAUGAGAUCCUGCCUCCUCUGAAGGGCUACAAGGCGUACAACACCCAGCUGGCACGAGCCGGGAAGAAGCUGCAUUGGCAGGAGAACCAAGCGAGCAACAGACCCGCCAAGGGGGGGAACUUUAUGGACGACUUUGAGGAUGAAGGAGAGGAGCUGGAGGAGGAGGUGGAAGAAGAAGAGGAGAGCCUCUCCCACAUGGAAGAGGAGGCUAGAGCACGUGCAGAGAAACAGGAGGUGCUGCGGCAGCAGGAGGAGGCAGAACGAGCCAGAGAAGAGGAGCAGAGGCUGGCAGACAUCGCCUCUGACAUGUUGCUGCAGUACAUGGGGAGGAAGCAGCAGUCCUACAUGAAGCCGCGGCAGAAAAGCAGCAUGGGCGCAGCCGGAAACACGGCUGAGGACAAACGAUCUGAGGAGGUGAACCAAGAUGACGACGACAUGGACCAGCAGAUGAUCGACCGGCUGAUUGAAAUCAGCAGCAAACUCCACCUACCUGCCGAUGAUGUGAUUGAGAUUAUCAGUGAUGUGGAGGAAAAGAAGAAGAAAAGGAAAGAGUUGCAACAGCAGCCAAUCAACAGUAACCCAGUCGCUCCACGCUUCAGACCUCUGGUGCCUCCUCCUCUGUCUGCUCCACCUAUCUACCACUACACAGCUUCAAAAAACCCCAAGAAAAACCCUUAUAGGUAUAACAAGUCCAACAAGAAAUGGCACAAGGACAAAGUCCAGUCAUACAAGCAGGACUACUGGUACAAGCCUGAGAAGCAGCUUGACUACUGGUACAAACCCCAGAAACAGUUUUUAGCCUUCCCUUCCUAUCCGUACUACCAGAAGCCAUAUCGUGCAUACUACCCUGUUUAUUUCCCAUAUCCCAAAGCUCAGUAUUAUGGCAAGCCCUCCCCCUCCAGAGACCAGCCCUUCGGCCCUCAGGAACUUGACCUCCAGCCCCCAAGGCGCAGGCACCGGGGCGGGGGUAAGAACCGCGGUCAGGGCUGGAGACAGCAGCCACCACCACGCCUGCCUCUCACCCCAUAUAUCUCUAACUAUAUCCUCCCUCACCCACGGACCUACCAACCCCUACCUCCGCCCAAACCAAUAACCCCGCCUAGGAGAGGCAGGCGACCCCCCUUCUACUAUCCACAAGCGACACCGGCAGAUGACUAUGAGGAAGACGGGCUGGUGCCUCAGCUGGACAGUGAGGAGGAACUGGAAAACUUUAUUGAGAGGAUCUACAUGAAACGCAGAAUGUAUUGAGAGACUUUUUGGACAUUUGUCAGACCUGAGGGACUGAUAGAGGUGAGAUGGAUGUACGGUAUUUUGGAGGAGAGCUAAAAGAGAGGUGAAAAUUAAGACUGUAUUUCGAGCCUGAUGGAAAUGUAAGGGUCAAGAAGUAAAAAGUCAGAUUUCUGUUGUUUUAAAUCACUGUAUUUUUAUUGAUUUCCUCUGUCAGGGAGAGGAUGAAGGUGGCCAGUCUAAGCUCCCUGUAACCAUGUUCAGCCUCUUGCUCAGUUUACAUUGUGAAACAGAACAUACCACGGUGUAUGUCUGCCUCCAUUCAGGUCAAUCUCUGAUGCAUUAUUCAGAGUUUUCUAGAGGAAACACACAGACAGAAACAUGCACAGGCACGCACAUACAUCAACACACCUAUACACAGUCACAUUUUUGACACAGUCACGAGCAGAUGUGCCCAUUGCAAGAGAACCAUGUUUACAACAUCACUGUUUAUCUUUACUUUUAUAUUCUGUACCUCAUAAUGCAAAUUGAAAGUAGUUCCAUGAUUUUUAAUAGCUGCAUAAAUAUAAAAAAGUACUAUCACAUGUUGACAGUAUGUUUUUGUGGUAUUGGAUGUGUGUAGUUGCCUUCUUAUUCUGGAUUGGAUCAAUUUUAAACAGCUGCAACUUGCAAAGGUGCCAAAUACACACAUUUUAGUUACAAGAUUGAGACUUUUGCCUUACAAGCACCAUGGUUCCAUAAGGGAAACAUCAUAAUGCAUAAUAUUAUCAUCACAACAGGUCCCAAUGUAGAAACCCUGUGGACUCCAAAAGCACAAACUUAACACUUAAACACUUCCAACCUGGUGGACAAAAGGGUUUUCAAUCAUUCUGGGAUCCAGAAGUUAUUGUGUCAACACAUCUAUAGCAAAUGCAUCAUAAUCAUCAUCAGCAACAGCAUACAGUGCUCCUUGAUCUUAAAGGAGUCCUACAUAUUUAUCAUAUUUGAGUUUCAAUAUUUAUUCACUUAUUUUUGUUCUUUUUCCAUCAUUUUUUGCCUCCGAUCAUCUUUAUCUUUACUUUCUUUGCAAAAAAAAAAAAUACUUGAAAUCACAUGAUAUGUUCUGCAGCCUUUUUACGCAGAUUUCCAACAAGAGGCUAUAAACAUCUUGUUAAUUAUCAGAAGAAAAAUUCAUUGAGAAGUUUCAGGCCGGGGAGUCAGGGAUUGUGCUUAAACCGUUAAAUGCACGUCUUUCUACUUGCAUCUUAAAAAAUGAACAAAAAAAAAGUAACAAAAAAAGAGAAAAAAUAAAUCAGUAUGGGGAAUUCAGAUGGUUGUUUUCUCUGAAUAAACUGUGAACAUAAAAAAAAUAAAUCUCAAAGGAAGAGGGCCACUGUGUCCACAGUGAAGCCAUCUGUCUUGUAAAAGGAGAGUGUUGUUGUUGAUGUCACCUUUAGCAUUGUAACAUGUACAGUGUGAAAUAAAUAUGCCCGUGCAAUGUGUAAAUAACAGCAUGAUGAUUACUAGUUUUGCUAUAUGAUAAAAAAUAAAAGCAAUUAUUUUAUU